UGGCUGUCACACUACUGGUUGAAAUCUUGCUAUGAGCUGAAAGCGUGAGAAGGCUGUAUUAGCUAUAACUAGACUUUGACUUGAGGCUUCAGGUCUUCAGGAAUAGUAGUAUCAGUUGAGUAGUUAUUUACUUGUUCUAUGGAGUUGUUUAUGUAGUGAGCUUUUAAUACAAUAUUAUAUACAUAUAUGUUUUUCUUCAAGAGAUCUGUGAACCACUUAUUUUAAGACUUUGUUUAUUCUGUAUGAAUUUUAGUGAAAAAAAUCUAAACAUAAAAAUCGUAUCUAUCACAUCUGGAUUAAAAGUUAAAAAUUGUGUAUGGAUAUUCUGGUCUUAUCCUUAUGACGUCAAAAUUAAAGUACAGAUCAUUUUUUAAAUACACAACAUGGCUAAUCGGAUAUGUCUCGCUAGUUUAGAAAAUGAAACUGAAAGUCACAGUACAAAUACAAGCAAAUCACCUGAAGAACAAUAUGCUGAUAUGAUAGGUCACAUUUGUAUGGAAAUAGGCAUACCAGUUGUGUGUUCCUUUGGAUUAAUUGGAAAUACUUUAAAUCUUCUGGUAUUAACAAGAGAAAAACAACACCGGACUCUUAGUAAAAUGGAGUUUUCCGCUCAUAUAGGAUUAAUAGCUUUAGCAUUUUCAGACUUUAUGUUUUGUUUGCUGGCACUGCUGUUUACACUGCUACCUCUGAAGCGUUUUUAUGAUGAACAGAAUAUGGUUCUUUAUUAUAAUUGGCUGGGUAAUGGUUGUAUUACCAUAUUUAUUGUGACUAGUACAUGGUUAACUGUGGUUAUGGCAGGAGAAAGAUAUAUGGCAGUAUGUCAUCCAUUUAAAGCUAGAAAUUUGAUCUCCCUUAAAAGAACUCGGAUCAGUGUAAUGGGAAUAUUUGUUGUAUGUACUUUAUGUACUUUGCCUAUUUUUCUAGAGAGUAAAAUCCAUCAGAUAGACUGUCCUAAUGGAGACAAAUUCUACACAAUUAAGAAGAGGGAAAGUUUUACUCGAGAUGUUAUUGUGGCUCGUCGAGUUGUUUGGGCAAUACUCUUUGAUUUCAUACCAUGUGUUGCUCUCAUAUAUUUCAACAUAUGCCUUAUCUGGAAAAUUCACAAAGCUAAAAAACUGAGAGAAAACAUGGCACCCAUGAGAGGCAGGGAGUCAACAUUGCUGAAUCAAAGAUCUAGAAAUGGAAAUGUUAAGUGGCAAAUAAAAUUCAAAAAGGCAAAUGGAAAUAACUCGCUGCAACCACCAAUCCCAUCACGCUCACACUCGCUAACCCACGACAGUAACAAUUCAAGUCCCAAAUUUAACAGACAUUCAUCUAGAAAACGCAAUACAGAUAGCGCUCUGAAUAGUGUAACAGCUACUUUAGUGUCAGUGAUAAUUCUGUUUCUAAUUCUUGUAUCUCCCAGUGAAAUUCUGAAAUUCACAUUGUACUAUACAUCAAAGUCCCUUCAAAAGAAUCACAGAUUUGACAUUGUAAAAUAUAUUACUAAUUUCAUGCAGGCACUCAACUUUUCUACAAACUUUGUUCUAUAUUGUGCUAUUAACAAAUCUUUUCGAAAUUCUUUAAGAUCCCUUUGUUGCUGGUGGUGGAGAAAAUUAAAAAGUCACAGACUAAAAGCCACAGUUAUAAAGUUAGAAUCUGCAAGUUAAAUAUUUAACUGAAUAUACGUACUGUGUACACAAAUCCAACAUUUUAGCUUAAAUUAACUUAAAUUUUUAAAAUUACAGGAGAUUAGUAUGAAUCUGUAGCUAAAUUAUCUUUUACAUGGUCUCAAUUUGUGGCUCUUGGAAUUUUAUUCUCAAUAGAAAUAUUGUGUAAUACUUGUUCUUGUCUCAGGUAAUAGUAUAGUUCUUUCACUAGAGAUUCACAAAGUGAUGAAAGAUAAUAUCUCGACAUACACUUGAUCAUGUGAUUGGCUUUUAAAAAUCAGAUGCAGAUUCCAGAACCCAUGA